UUGGAGUUGAAAGAGCAGAGGCAGACUUGUGUAGUGUUGCUGAGGAAGUUUUGAUAUCUCAAGAUGUUCGUGCAAGUAUACGGAGCAGAGAUUCCUGAGUUUAGUGAUCGUCUUUCACAUGUCAGCUUUUGUGACUUUAGUGUGGUUUCUGAAGCGAUUUGAGGCUUCGAUGAACCUCCAGCCCAGGAAUGGCAGCGCCCCCAUUUCCCUCGGAUCUUUGGGGAACCGUGCCUACCCUCGCCUGGCAGUGCCUGAUGGUCCUCUUAAGAAGAUUUUGCUUUGGAAUGACUUCUACGGGAAGCUCGACUACGGAUUCGGAACAGGUCGAGGUCCCUUCCAAGCGGCCGGAUGUCGAGUGGACGCCUGUGUGGUAAUCAUCGACCGUAAUCUGUUCCCCCUGGAGGAGCUGGACGCCCUCGUGUGGCAUACGAGGUCGAGGGACGUCUCCAUGCCUGCGAGGAGUGGGGAGUUCUCACCCUACCCCCUCAUACCCGCCACCCUCACCCUACCCCACCCUUCUCCAUCCCCCACCUCAUACCUCUCCAACCACUCCUCAUACUUCCUCAUAUACUCUCAUCUCAUCAUCUCAUACCUCUCCAACCACUCCUCAUACUUCCAGGAGUCCUCACACCCGCUGAUUCGGAAAUUCGCUAUCCGAGAGGUUUAUGAAUCCAAGAACGCGAUAUUUAGAAUCCGAGAAAGUGAAAGUGAGACAAGAACGCGAGAUUUUGAAUAUAAGAAAAGGGAAGAGAAAUCUUGUGGAAUUCUGAGUUUGAGGGAGGAUUAUGGGUUUGAAUCUUUAGAGCCUGCGAAGUCCCUGCAGAAGUGGCUGACAGUGGACGUGUACGGGAACUGCGGGCCCUACAGGUGCGCGCAGACGAACUGGCGAGAGUGCCACGCCCUCCUGAACAGCACCUACAAGUUCUAUCUGUCUUUUGAGAACUCGCUCUGUCGGGAUUACGUCACGGAGAAGUUCUUCACGACGUUACAACUAGACAUAGUCCCUGUAGUCUACGGCUACGCGAACUACUCCAGACUAGCUCCUGCUCACUCCUACAUCGACGCCCUCUCCUUCAACACGACGAAGGCCCUGGCGGAGUAUCUGCUGUACCUCGAUAAGAACGACACCGCCUAUAACGAAUACUUCGGGAUGGAACCUCUCCACAACCUACCACAACCCAUCUCCUCUCCACAGAUGGAAUCCCUCCUACCACAAUCCACCUACCACAACCCAUCUCCUCUCCACAGAUGGAAACGCUACUACCACCAGCUGAGCCAACACGACCUCAAAGCCCAAGCCUUCUGUGACUUGUGUGAGAGACUCCACUUCGACAAGGAACCGAAGAAUCACGACAUAAACAGCUGGUUCGACGAAGGAACACAGUGCCUUUCUCUGGAGGAGCCGAGAAUAAAACAGCUGACUUCAGAGUGA